UACGUCCCGCGCUGCUUCCGCUUCCGGCGGUGCUGUGAGAGCUGCAGUGAGCGCGGUCUACACCGACGAAAUGUUGUCCAGUUCCCGCUGUCUCACCCGGAGCCUUGCGCGCUCCAUCGGUGCCCUGCGACAGGGUAAUAAUGUUCUCGCCCGAAGGGCCACAUCAGGUAUAUCAGCUAGUCAGUGCAUCACCUUCGAGAACAGUGUGAAGUGUGAGAGCAGGUCAAGUGUCUAUCAGAUAAGAUACUUCAACACCACUGCAGCUCACAGGAAUGAAGUGAUCACGGUAAAAACGCCAGCGUUUGCCGAGUCUGUCACAGAGGGAGAUGUGAGGUGGGAGAAGGCUGUCGGAGACACGGUCUCUGAGGACGAGGUGGUCUGCGAAAUCGAGACUGAUAAGACGUCGGUGCAGGUGCCGUCUCCUGCCGCUGGAGUCAUCGAGGAGUUUCUGGUUCCUGAUGGCGGUAAAGUGGAAGGAGGAACUCCUUUAUUCAGACUUAAGAAAGGAGCUGGAGCUGUUAAGACAGCAGCCGCUCCUCCUCCUCCUCCUGCAGCCGAGCCUCCGGCAGCCGCCGCUCCUCCUCCUGCUGCUCCUGCGGGAGCCAUCCCCACCACCAUGCCCCCUGUACCCCCUCUACCCGGUCAACCCAUCCAAUCCACACCAGUUUCAGCCAUCAAAGCCACAGCGGCUCCUCCUGCAGCUGCUGUAGACGCUGGAGCAAAAGGCGCCCGCUCAGAGCACAGGGUGAAGAUGAACCGGAUGAGGCUGAGGAUCGCUCAGAGACUCAAGGAAGCACAAAGCACAUGCGCCAUGUUGACCACCUUCAAUGAAGUGGACAUGAGCAACAUCACAGAGAUGAGGAAAGAGUACAAAGAUGCUUUCCUGAAGAAACAUGGCAUCAAGCUGGGCUUCAUGUCUGCCUUUGUUAAAGCGGCUGCUUACGCUCUAACAGAACAGCCUGCAGUUAACGCAGUGAUCGAUGACACGACCAAAGAGAUUGUGUACAGGGAUUACGUGGACAUCAGCGUGGCCGUCGCAACGCCAAAGGGUCUGGUGGUGCCCGUGAUUCGAGGUGCGGAGGCGAUGAACUUCGCAGACAUUGAGAAAACCAUUAAUGAGUUGGGAGAAAAGGCUCGUAAGAAUGAGCUGGCGGUUGAGGACAUGGACGGUGGCACGUUCACCAUCAGCAACGGUGGCGUGUUUGGAUCCAUGUUUGGGACACCCAUCAUCAACCCCCCGCAGUCUGCUAUUCUGGGCAUGCAUGGCAUCUUCGACCGACCCGUGGCUGUUGCUGGCAAGGUUGAAAUCAGACCCAUGAUGUAUGUGGCUCUGACGUACGACCACCGUUUGAUUGACGGCAGAGAGGCGGUCACUUUCCUCAGGAAGAUCAAAUCGGUGGUGGAGGACCCUCGGGUGCUGCUGCUGGACAUGUGAGCACGCUCGGACCUCCGGCCGUCUCCUCCCGUGCACGAAACACGUCUUCGUCUUCAUCUCAUGCAGAACAUCUGCAUUUGUCGAUAAACUGGAGGACAGACGCAACACUGGUAGAAUAACUGACGGAACCGUUGAUGGGAUGGGGAUUUGCGUUGAUUAGCUUGAUGUUAUUUUGUUUCACUCUAUUGUCUGCUGGGUAUUACAGAGUCUCCCGCCCAGCGAGACGAUGCCUCUCGCUCUCCUUAUUUCUUAAAUGUAUGUACGAGACAACGCACAAGCAGCAAUCUGUGCAAUUACUUGUUCUCUGGCGAAACGAUUAUAGUAAUAUACAGUAUAUCAUAUAUUUAAUCUUUUCAAUGUAAAAAAAAAAGAAACAUUUUCAAACUCAACAAGUGAAGAGCCAACCAGAAACACUAUGUUCCAGUGUGUCCAAGAAGUAGUUUUUUUUGUACACGCUUUGGUAAACAAUAUGUCCCGCACAACUCCAAAGGAACAGAUUCUGUCGACAUGUGUAAAGAACCAAAAUUAUAUGAGGAAGAAAAAAGAUUUUAAACAAUAAAAUGAAUGAAACACA